AUGGCCGAAACCAAGUUGACGCUCGAAGAUUGGCUGGACGACCUGUGCGUCCGCUUCAUCAUCCACUUGCCCAAGGAAGACCUCUCGUCGGUCGCGCGCAUCUGCUUCCAAGUUGAGGAGGCACAAUGGUUCUACGAAGACUUCAUCCGCCCGCUGGACCCGACCCUGCCGUCCAUGUCACUGCGCAGCUUCUGCCUGCGCAUCUUCCAGCACUGUCCGCUGCUGGCCCCCUUCUCCGUCGAGAACCACAUGCGCGCCUUCGAGGAGUUCUUACAGUACAAGACCCGCGUGCCCGUGCGCGGCGCCAUCCUGCUCAAUGAAGCCAUGGACGCCACUGUGCUGGUCAAGGGCUGGAAAAAGGGCGCCAACUGGAGCUUCCCGCGCGGCAAGAUCAAUAAGGACGAGGACGACCUCGACUGCGCCAUCCGCGAGGUCUAUGAGGAGACCGGCUUCGAUAUCCGUGAGGCCGGCCUCGUGCCCAAGGACGACGAGGUCAAGUACAUCCAGAUCUCGAUGCGCGAGCAGCAGAUCAGGCUCUAUGUCUUCCGCAACGUGCCCAUGGACACCGUCUUCCAGCCCAAGACCCGCAAGGAGAUUAGUAAAGUGCAGUGGUGGAAGCUGUCUGAUCUGCCUGCAUACCGCAAGAAGGGCAACGGUAAUAAUCAUGACGAUGGCGUUGUUGCGUCCUCUUCAUCUAGUGCCAACAACAAGUUUUACAUGGUGGCGCCAUUCCUGGUGCCUUUGAAGAAGUGGAUCGCUCAGCAGAAGCGCAAGGACGCGGCCCGGGCUGCCCGUGCUAACAACGGCGCCCAGCUGCCUGGCCAGCUACCGGCCGAGGAAGGGCUUACUGAGGACGAUCUCGGUGCUCAAACCGAGCCGGUGCCGGAGGAGGCUCCUCCUUCGAACAAUGGCACGCCGGCCAUUGAGACUCUCGAAGGCGCCACGCUCGAGCUGCAGCGUCUACUCAAAGUCCAGCCACCCACGCAAGGCCUGCAGGUCGGUGGCCAGCCUUCUGGGGCCGGCAAGGCUGAGGCUCUUAUGGCUCUGUUACAGAAGAAGACUGAGACGCCCGGGCAGACACCGCAGCCUCAGCGGUCUUAUGAUUAUCCUACUGGACCGGAUACCCCGCAACGUGUUCCCGGCCACGCGGACUACAACCAGCCGCCGGCCAGCUUCCCAAUCCCGUCCAGCGCAGGUCAGCCUUACUCGUCGGGUUAUUACAAGCAAGACCCUCAGCCGGCGCCGCGGUUCCCCGAGCCGUACAGCCACAACCCGUUCACCAACCAAGGCCGCGACCCGCCGCUACUACAUCCUCAGCCGAUGCUGCCGCAGUCAAUUCUCACUCGGGCCAUCCUGCAAACACCCAAUCUGCCCGACCUCAGCACCCCGUCGGUGGCCCCGACCCAGCAGGGUGUGUACGGUCCGCCAACCGGCGGCGGCUACGGCGAUGUCUACGGCCCGCAGCAGCCGCCUCAGCAGCCGUUGCAGCCUGUUCAGCCGGCUGCUAAGCCGCAACUAUCAGCCCAUGCCCUGUCGUUGUUGAAUGCCUUCAAGUCCGGCUCACAGGAGGGCCCCUCAGCACAAAGCUCUCAGCCAGCCAGCUCGGCCCCCGCCGCGGUGCUCGCUACCGCGCCCGGCCCAGGUCCCUGGAGCCAAGCCCAACCGUCCGCAGUGUCGGCCUUGCCCUACCUCUCACAGCACCUGGGCGGUGCAGCCCCGCAAAUGCAGACCUCCCCUCGCGGCGGGGCCGAUCUGCCCAUCCAACUACCGCCUAAACCAGCUCCGCCGACCGAUGCCCAUCGCUCCGCGUUGCUGGAUAUGUUCAAGCGGGGAGCCAGAUCUCCCGGUUCUCCUUUGCGAAAUGAGAUUAAAGCUAGUAGUUUUGAGGAGACGGUGGCACUUGGUCGGGCGAGGGAGAGAGAAUGUGAAGGUGAGAGGGAGGGUACUGGUAGUGGUAGUAGUAGUGGUAGUAAGGAGGGACCUGGGCAAGGGUUUAAUAAGCAGCCGAGUGCGGCGGAGGCUAUUGCUGCUGCGAACCAGGCACGUGGUGGGCCGGUACAGAUGAAUCCUGAGGUUAUGUUGCCUUACAGGGCUGUGGAGAUUCUAACGAGGCCGAAACAGCAGCAGCAUCAUCAACAACAACAACAACAGGCUCAGCAGGCACAGGUGGGAGGAAAUGUGCAGCAAGAGCAACAGCAGCCGCAACCGCCACCGCAGCCGCAGCAGGUUGAGGAUACGAGAGAGACGAUUCAGAGGUUGCACCAACGCAUUCAACCACCGGGCCAGCAGAGGGGGAGGGCUGGGUCCGGGUCGGGGGUUUCGCCGAGGGAGAGGAAGAGUUCGGGGUAUUUGUUUCAGCAGGCGCAGAGGGAGCAACAAAGAGAGCUGGAACGGGAACGCGAGAGAGAGGAGCGGUCGCCAAAGGUGCCGACUGGGGGUUCGCCCUUCACGAUUUCCGGUCCUGGCCCCUCUACUGGCGUUGCUGCGGCUGCGGCUCCUCAAGGCAUUCCCAUCUCUUAUGGUUCACAAGCCCAACAACAACAACAGCAGCAGCAGCAGCAGCAGCAGCAGCAGCAGCCGCCGCCGUAUAAUUACCAGUCCUCUCCCGCUGCAGUGUAUGCCUCGCUGUCGUCAUCCUACGGUCAGUCCUCGCAAAGCCCGAUUGCACUGUUGCAGCAGCAGCAUCAGAGGCUGGCUGCGUCGAAGGGGAAAGAGGGUACGAGUGUGGAGCAGAGGCAGAAGCUGCUUGCGCUAUUUGGGACUGGUGCCUCUGCGGGGGCUAAAGAGGGGGGUGCCGGUAUUGGUGUGCAGCAGCCACAGAGAAGGGGUUCUGGAACGUCUGCUGGCACCGGGGGUGUCAGUCCGGCGACGUCGAUCCCUCCUGGGUUCGGCCCGGGUCCUGGAGCCGCGGCUGGGUAUGCUGCCGGCCUGUACGGGGAUGACCUCAAAGGCAAGAGGCGCGACUCUGCUGCGUCCGGAUCCGGACCAGGUGUUAUUGGGUCCGGAAUGCACCGCUCCAGUGCCAACACUACACCGCAGUCCACAGGUCAGCCUGCUGCUACGCAAUACCAGCAGCAACCUCAGCAAAGGUCGAGGGUUGCCUCGCUGGCGGAGGCGAUUGGCGUUCCGAUUUCUGCUACUUCAGCAGGUGCUUCGCUGCCAGGAGCUUCUAUGCCGGGUGUUAUGCCGGAUGCUUUGUCAAGUUCCUCCAUUCCAGGAUUCAUCCCUGGUAUCGGGGUUGGCGCUGGCUUCGGGCCUGGAGCUAGCAUGGUGCCGCCUGGGGCUCCGGGUAAUGCGUCGAGCAGCGCAGUUGGUGGUAGCAUGUCCCGGAGAGCGAGCAGCCAGACUACGGCGACGGGCGGGGCGACAAUUUCGCAGGAGGAUAGAAACUUUUUGUUAAUGGAGGAGAUGCAUCGGAAGGUCAACAGUCGAACAAUGGAGGAUGGGUACUCUAGCUACGAGGAGCUGCUAUUUAUCCAAGCGUGCAGGGAUAUAUGGUACUGCGUACGAAUCUAUCUUAUGGAGGCCUGCCGACCGACCUAA